AUGCCUGCCCUGCCUGCCCGCGCGUCUGUCAGCGUCUGCGCCUGCGCCUGUGGGUGUGGCAGCCGAGCUGCCGAGCCCGUAAAUAAAUGGCUUGAAUCAAUGCUGGCAAAGGCCCAAUCCAGUCCUGUCCAGUCCUGCCCUGUCGCAGCCCGCAAACCGCGGUCCUGGAAAUCGGCAUCCUUUCCAGGUCAGUCAGUCAGUCACCCGCAUAAGAUGAGGGUGGGCCUGGGUGGCGGCCAGUCUGUCAUGCACGCCUGUUAUUAUGCCCCCAUCAUCAAGCACGAUGGCGCUCCGCUCUCCCUUUCGUCGUGUUGCCCCCGUCCGUCUGUAAGCAGGGUUGAACUCUGUUUGAUCUACCGCUCCAGCGAGGGGCCCCUUCCACCCAGUGAGCGCCCGCGCAAAAUACCCAUGGGCUGCAGAUUGUAA